AUGUCCGCUUACGAAGUUACCCUGAGAGAAGACUUUUCAUGGCCCGAGCCAUUGAACCAGUUGCCAUUGAAGCUCGAUCCCUCGAUGAUUGACAAGCUGGACCCCGAAUAUGUCAAGUUCUUUGAAGAAGUGCUUUGCAACAGACCAGACAUUUUGGAAACACACAAAAUCCCUCUCACACAAACCAGAGCCGGCGGAAACGUGAUUCCGGGCCAGGCUGCCCCAAUGGACGUUGCCAAAAUCUACGAUAUCGAAAUCCCCAGAAAUGUCACGCAAGCCGAAUCCUCAAUUCCAGCAAGAGUUUUUGUCCCAACAGGCAAGAAACCAGCCAAUGGCUGGCCUUGUACGAUUUGGUACCAUGGUGGUGGCUGGGUGCUCGGUGGAAUCAACACCGAGAACUCGUACUGCAGUCAUUUGACAGAGCUAGCCAAAUGCGUGGUUAUCACCGUUGAUUAUAGGCUAGCCCCCGAACACGUUUUUCCAGCGUGUGUAGAAGAUGCAUUUGAGUCAGUUUUCUUCGUUAUGAGCGAGGCAGAGACACUCGAGGUCGAUAACACCAAAAUAUGUGUGGCUGGUUCGUCUGCAGGAGGUAACCUGGCUGCGAUUGUGUCCCACAAAUACGUCAAUUCGGCUCUGAGCCAAAAAUUCCCGGCCCUAAAGUUUCAGAUGCUUGUUGUGCCUGUUACGGAUAACACUGCUACUGCCGAAACUCAAGUCUCAUGGAAGGAGAAUGCUUUGACUCCACAAUUGCCGGCCAAUAAGAUGCUUUGGUACAGACAGAUAUACUUGCCAUUGGCUGGCGACACUCUUUCGGAUCCCGAGUCAAGUCCUCUGUUUUACCCAGAUGAAAGUUUCAAGAAGGUUCAGCCUUGUUUUAUAGCAGCUGCCGAAUGUGAUGUCUUGAGGUCAGAGGCUGAGGCUUAUAACGAAAAGUUGCUGAAAAACGGUGUCGACAGCAAGAUCGUGAUCUAUAAGGGUGUCCCUCACACUGCGAUGGUUAUGAACGAGAGACUCCAGCAAGGAGCAGAUUUGGUGAGAGACACCACCUCUGCUAUUCGUGCUUCCUUUAAUUAG